CUCUCUUAUGUAGAUUUUCAUGCCAUCAACCUUGAUAAUAUUCUAGAAACAUGAAUAUAACCUGGACUCAAGUAGUUAAUCAAACAUAUAAUCCUCAUAUACUCAACAAAUUCAAAAGGUAAAUCUUGUUCAACAAAUUUAAGUGAGGAGGGUUGGUGAUGGCGAGCUUCUUCAACCUGAUCUUCAAUCUACUGGGGAAGGCGACGACUCUGAGUCCGAAUGAAGACACGUGAAGAUCAAGAUCAAUUUGUAAUGAUGAAGCUAAAUAUCAAUUUUGCCUCUUCUAAGGACUAAUUCGUCAUUUCCAAAAAACACAGCACCGGGUAUAAAUUAACAUUCAAAACCACACUUGAUUUAGCAGUGUGUGUUACUUAAAACUGUUACGUCAAUCAAUUUUCCAUUCUCAGUCAAAUUCAAUGGGGGAAGUUACCCAAAUCGACGGCAACACCCUCGCCGCCAAAUCCCUAGCCAGAUUCGGCGUCGAACACAUGUUCGGCGUCGUCGGAAUCCCCGUAACCUCCCUCGCCACCCGCGCCGUCUCCCUCGGAAUCCGCUUCCUCGCCUUCCACAACGAGCAGUCCGCUGGCUACGCCGCCUCCGCUUACGGCUACCUUACCGCCCGCCCCGGCGUCUACCUCACUGUUUCCGGUCCCGGCUGCGUCCACGGCCUCGCUGGCCUCUCCAACGCCAUGGCUAACGCCUGGCCUGCUAUCAUGAUCUCCGGCUCCUGCGAUCAGGCUGAUGCUGGCCGCGGUGACUUCCAGGAGUUGGACCAGAUCGAAGCGGUGAAGCCAUUCUCUAAGCUCUCCGUGAAGGCCACUGAUAUCUCUCAAAUCCCCGGCUGCGUUGCGCGGGUGCUUGAUCGGGCUGUGUCGGGUCGACCCGGUGGGUGCUACUUUGAUCUUCCCACCGACGUGUUGCACCAGAAGGUGUCGGAGUCUGAAGCGGAGAGGCUCUUGGUUGAGGCUGAGAAGGAGCGCCAAAACACUCAGGCUCAUGGGUCUGGUGUUGAGAAUUCUAAGAUUGAGGAAGCUGUUUCGCUGUUGAGGCAUGCGGAGAGGCCGUUGGUUGUGUUUGGAAAAGGAGCUGCGUAUGCUAGGGCUGAAGGCGCUAUGAGAAAAUUGGUGGAAUCCACUGGGAUACCGUUUCUUCCUACUCCCAUGGGAAAAGGGUUGUUGCCGGAUACUCAUCCGCUUGCUGCCUCUGCUGCCAGGUCUCUUGCGAUUGGGAAAUGUGAUGUUGCACUCGUAGUUGGGGCCAGGCUCAAUUGGUUGCUGCAUUUCGGGGAACCUCCCAAGUGGUCUAAGGAUGUCAAGUUUAUCUUGGUGGAUGUCAGUCCCGAAGAAAUUGAGCUCAGGAAACCGCAUUUGGGUUUGGUAGGAGAUGCCAAAAACGUUCUGGAGAUUCUCAAUAAAGAGAUUAAGGAUGAUCCCUUUUGCUUGGGGAGCACUCAUCCCUGGGUGCAAGCUAUAACCAAUAAGGCCAAGGACAAUGUGAUCAAGAUGGAGACCCAGCUAGCCAAGGAUGUUGUACCCUUUAACUUCCUCACUCCAAUGAGAAUAAUAAGAGAUGCAAUUAUAGGUUUGGGAAGCCCUGCUCCUGUCAUAGUUUCUGAAGGUGCAAACACCAUGGAUGUGGGUCGAUCUGUGUUGAUUCAGACAGAGCCCAGAACGAGGUUAGAUGCAGGAACAUGGGGGACAAUGGGUGUUGGUCUCGGUUAUUGCAUUGCGGCAGCAGUGGCUUCUCCAGGUCGCCUUGUAGUUGCAGUUGAGGGGGAUUCUGGAUUUGGAUUCAGUGCUAUAGAAGUCGAGACAUUGGUUCGGUACCAGUUACCUGUGGUGGUGAUUGUUUUCAACAAUGGUGGUGUAUAUGGUGGCGACCGCAGAACCCCAGAAGAGAUAAAUGGACCUCACAAAGAUGAUCCGGCACCUACAUCCUUUGUCCCAAAUGCAGGUUACCAUGCUUUGAUUGAAGCUUUUGGUGGAAAAGGCUAUCUUGUUGGGACACCAGAUGAACUCAAGUCUGCUCUUUCAGAAUCCUUCUCUGCUAGGAAACCAGCUGUAAUAAACGUUAUCAUUGAUCCCUAUGCCGGUUCAGAGAGUGGGAGGCUGCAACACAAGAAUUGAUUUACCUUAAUUGCCAAACGCUCUACUGCAUUCCCCCACUUUAUUUAACUGUGUUUUACUUUUUGAUUUUCAAUAACACUAAAAUUGUUCUCCAGUGGUCAUUAAUGCUUGAGUUUUCUGGAACUGGGUUAGUGUUGAGAGGUUUGGAUAGUUUGUAUGAAGAUCAAACCCAAUUGCUAUCACCGUAUAUCAAAAAAAAAAAAAUGAUGGACCAUAUCCAUAAGGUAUAUAAACUGCACUGUUGCUUGUAAACACACUACAUUAAACACCUCAACAAUCUUGACUAUCUAUUUCAUUUUUCUCA